CGACGGCCGUCGUGUGGAAUGGCUGGAUAAUUAAUCUGUUCUGCGUGUUCCUGGCGAGAAAUGAAGUCAUAACAUGGGGAAACGCGCGAGUAAAUUAAGUUCCUCAGAAAUCAAGGAUCUCAUAAGCUGCACAUACUUUAACAAGAAAGAACUACAGCAUUGGUACAAGGAUUUUCUACGAGAAUGUCCAAACGGAGCACUGAAACAAGAGGAGUUUGAGGCGAUCUACCAGCAGUUCUUUCCUCAUGGAAGUCCGAAAAAGUUUGCUUCCUAUGUGUUCAAUAUAUUUGACACAAACAAGGAUGGUCAUAUAUCAUUUAAGGAGUUCAUCUGUGCAUUGUCCAUAACGUCCAGGGGAACACUGGAUGAAAAACUUGACUGGGCUUUCAGUCUGUAUGAUGUUGACAGUGACGGUUUCAUCACUCGGACAGAGAUGAUCGAGAUCAUUGACGCUAUUUAUAACAUGGUGGGGAACUUGAUGGACCUACCAAAUGAUGAAAACACGCCUGAAAAACGGGCCAACAAGAUUUUCCAGCAAAUGGACAUGAACAAUGACGACAUGCUGUCGAAGGAUGAGUUUCGGGAGGGCUCAAAAAGUGAUCCCUGGAUUGUGCGGGCAUUAACCAUCGACACGGGGCCUCAGAUGACCAGUUGACCCUCAGCUUGACCACUGGCCUACAUGGCAGCCUUGCACCCUCGUGUCACCAUGGCAACCAAGUUCUUCAUUGGAAUUCUUGUUUGGAAAGAAAAUUUGAUACAGAAUCAGUGACUGUGUUUUGCUUUCAUUUAUAAAGUGGAGUUCUGUGGAGUGUUAUGUUCAUCAUGAGCUUAAACCCAUUUGUCACACUUCAUUGUGCAGCCUUUUGAUCUUAUUUCAAUUCAAUUCAAUAGUUUAUUAGCACAAACAUUCAAGUUCAUCGCCUUUACUUCUGGCGGUAACAUUUAUUUACAUACAUGAGAAGAGCAUGAUAUUAUAAUACACAGAUUAAUAACACUAUUAAGAUAUUGAUAAUUCACGUAAAAAAGUAAUCAUUAACGUGAAAUGGCUUGAACAUUGGCGUACCUUAAUCCUUUAUAGAACAAUAUCUAUAAAUUGACCACCCUCGCUAAUGCGGUCAGGCAUGUUUUGACAGUAACUGGUAUGUUAGUGAUGAAAAGUGAUCGUUGUAAGGCCACUGUUCAGAGCAUAAUUAUUAUUGGUUUUAGUUCACUGAUCAGACUCAAGAAGAAAAAAGAAUAAAAACAACAACAACAACAACAAAAAAAAAAACAUUGUUUCAAAGCAAGCAAUAAUAGCAAUAUAAGGAAAAAAAAGAAAUAAAAUAAAAUAAACAUUUAUUGGUUUAUGAUACUUUCUCGUCUUAAAGUUGAAAGAUAUACAUAUUUAGCAAGUUUAAUUUGUGUACUAUUCUGCUCAGCUGACAUUAUUAGGUAAGCAUUCAAUCCGUAUGUCUCUGUAAAAAGGACAUACAAGCACAAAGUGAAACUCAUCUUCAACAACAUUCAUUUGACAAAAUAUACAUUUACGUUCAGAUUGUUCUAUAUUUCUAAAACGGCCUUCUUCGAUUGCAAGUUUGUGAGCUGAGCAUCUUAAUCUUGUUAGCGAAAUACGAUGCUUGUCGUUUUUAAUACAAUUAAGAUAAUUCUCGUAACCAAACCUACACUUUAUACUACAAUAAGUUUUUAAUUUGGAUGACGUGUCUUAUAGAGAAAACCAGUGUUGGCAAUACUGAUUAUGUAAUCUUUGUAUGACACUGUUUAAUUGAAGAACGGAAAUGUCAUUAUUGUUCCAUAAAUAGCUAAAACCCAAACUAUUAAGCAAUUGCUUUACCUCUAAUGCCCAUGACCCACGAAUAUUAUUCUUCACUUGAUCCCAAUACACUUCGUGUACCAAAGAACCGUGAUGCUUAGUUAAAAUUGUGUACCAAUAUUUCAGAAUUCGCUCUUUACUUGCAAUAUCUAAGGGAAACCUCCCAAGCUCACCAUAAACAGAAGCGUUUGUGGUUUGAAUUCUCACCUUUAAUACCUGUAUAAGAAAUUUUAAAUAUAUUCUUUCCAUGUCAGGGGCUUUUUGAGAACCCCAUAUUUCUGCUCCAUAAUUAAAUAUAGGCAUGAUCAUGCUGUCAAAUAGUUUAAGUUUUUCAUUUAUCCCCAAUGACACAACGUCAAAAAGUGAAUUCAGUGAAUAAAUAGCCUUUAAUGCCUGGUCGGCUAAAGCCUUUUGCGACUGAUAAAAUUUGCCAUUUGAAGAUAGGGUGACUCCUAGAUAUGUAAAUUUUGAUACACAAGUAAGCCUAUUAUUAUUGUAAAAUAUAUCAAUGUUUUCAACUCAAGUUCCCAAUUUGCAAACCAUUGCUACAGUUUUCUUGGUGUUAACAGUGAGAUUCCAUUUUUUGCAAUAAUCAUGAAGCUUGUUUAAGAGUAUUUGUAGGCCAGAAGCAGAGUAUGAAAACAAAACAGUGUCAUCUGCAAA